CAGAAGUGAGUUGAGUGUGUGUAGUGUUGUGUUGUGUGAUGUUCAGAGAAAUGUUGUUGAUGUUUGGACUGAUGCUGCUGAUGUUCCAGAUGAUCUCAUGUGAGGAUCAGAUGUGCAGGUUUAAUCAGACAGAAAUCUGUUAUGCAGUUCUGGGACACAAACUCUCUCUGCAGAUGGUUCUGGAUCCUCAACACUAUGAAGCAACAUUAAAACAUCACAAAACAGGCGACAAAACAGUUGAUCCAACAUGUAAAAUAAAAAAUGACACGAUUAAAGAGAAUACUUGUGAUCUUUACAAGAGCAGAUCUGAUGUCAUGAUCAUUAAUGGUACUGUGAUUAUAAAUCAUGUGAUCAGAGAAGAUUCAGGCAGAUACACAAUAGUACUUACUGACUCGACUGGCUCAGAAACAUCUGCAGAACUUCAAGUGAAUGUUGAAGCUCCUAUUGGCUCAGUGAAAGUGUCAGUCGACUGCAGGAGUGGAGAGAGGCGUGUGUUCUGCUCCUCUGACGGGGACGAGCUCAUCUUCAGCUGGACUCUCAAUGGACUUCCACACUCAGAUGGAAAUGACACCAUUGUUCUGGACGAUGAGACUUCUGGAAACAUCAGCUGUGGUGUGAAGAAUCACGUCAGUCGUGGAGAGAAGAGCAUUACUCUCAACUACUGCACUGAAUCAACGACUGUCUCUGUGACCUCAUCACUGACCAAUAGCACGCUUGUGUCAGCAUACGGUACGAGUCUCUCUGACAGUAAUCUCACCUUCACGCAGACACCUGAAGAGUUGUUCUCAUUAUGGACAGGUACAGAGUUGUAGAUCUCUGAAUUAAGAUCUUAUAGUUUGUCUACUACUCAAGAAUGCAGUCUGCCAGAUAAUAAUAGUUAGGUUAUGAAGAUAAGAUGAUAAUCAAUCUUAUGAUGAUGUGUGUGUGUGCUUGUAUGUAUGCUUGUGUGUGUGUUUGUGUGUGUGUGUGUGCGUGCAUGCGUGAGUGUGUGUGUGUGUGUGUGUGUGCGUGUGCAUGCGUGUGUUUGUGUCUACAUUCAGGGUCAGUGAUGUUUGUGAUUGUGUGGAGUCUUCAGAUGACGAUUCUGUUGCUUCUGUUGGGAGGUUUUCACAUCUACAUCAGAAACACACACACAUCAGGAGGGAAACUGGAAGAAGAUAUUGCUGUGUAGAUCCAGUCUGAGAAG